GUCAAACUUUGUCAAAUCGAUGUGGGUACCAGGUAAUUUUACCUUCGCCGUCAGUGUGUUGUUUGAAACACGGAUGAUACAGUCGUCGUUGAAAACUUUUUUCAAUUAGAAACGGUUUACAAUAAUGGCUGGCGGGAAGAAAUCAGACAAGUGGAAAGCUGGUGGUGGUAAGAAAGGAAAAGGCACAAAAGGAGAGGGUAAGAAAAAGGGUGGCAAAAAGAAGGCCAAACCCAAGUUGAGUGAAGAUGCCAAGAACAGGCAACAAGAGCAACGUGCUGCGGUGGAGGAAGAAAGGAGAAGGAUGAGAGAAGAAUUAAUCAAUUCUUUUCUCAGGCACAAACUUCUGAAAGAGCAGAACUUGACUCGUCAUAAUCAAAGUAAAUUGAUUGAGAAAUGGAGGCAUGUCCUUCGAGAUGCGAAAAGCCAGGAACUUUCCAGGGAAUUGGAAUUAAUGAAAUUGGAUUUCGACAAGCGCUACAGCGAGAAUAUCACAGAAAUUAACCGGCUGAUGGAAUCUCUGCUUCAAAAUGGAUUGGAUUUCGUUCAAAUUUGCAAUAUUCAAAAACUAGAAACAGACAGAACUUUUGAUGAGCAUGUCUCCAGACUGAACAUACUGGCAAAUGUUUAUCAACAGGAAAGUAAUUUAUUCAAAGCGACGAUAGUGACAGACUAUACCUCGGCCAUGACUUGUCACCAGCAAGAGAAGCGUUCCCUGCUCUCGACUAUCAGCACUCUGCAAUCUCAUUAUCGCGAAAGCUACACAGCUCAGAAAGCCAAUUUCCAAAUCCGUAAAGAUGAUAUCAUUAAUCAGGGAUUGGAAGAAGAGCAGACAAUCUGCCAGAACCUGGAGCGCCGCUUAGAGCACAGCUGGCAGCAAUUACACGAAAAUUGCGUCGAUAGUGGCGAGUUGGACGAACAACGCUGGGCCUUGUACUCGCUAUUGCGUAGGAGGGAUCAGAUCGCCUACGAGCAGCAGCGCAUCGCCGAAAUUCGUCUCGAAAAGCUCGUCAAGGCUGUCAACCAAAUCCAGGAGAGGCGCAACUGUCACGAGCAAGGCGCACAGGAAUUGAUGGAGCGCCGCAACGAGCUGCACGAGAGGCGGGAGCGCUGGCGACUCCGAUUGCUCAAACAACAGCAGCAGCACGCCGAGAGACUCAAAGCCGUGGCGGCCAGCUCCAGCGACGCCGCCGAGCACCUCGAGCAGCUCGUCAAGCAAGGCGUGUUGAUUCUGCGAUCGGCCCAGCGCUGCCGUCUGUUGAAACCGCAACAUCGGCCAUCCAGCUCAGACUCCUCGUCCGAUUCGCCCCCGGCCAAUUGUUUGCUCUCGGAGCCGUUUCAACACUUUUGGACGAGGUUCAAUCAGGCUUACCUUGAAACAGUCCUAUUACAGCGUCACCAGGCGGCAAUUGUCCGCGGUCGAACGGCCGAAACGGCCAGACUCAAAAAGGAGGUCAACAUCCCCACGUGCUGGAGUUUGAAUGGCACGACUUUGCCUAUUCAUCCGGAGAAAUAGUGUACCUAGUAGCCUACUCUUACUAGCAGCUCGUAAAGUCAAAUUUCACUCUCCCCCCCCCCCCUCAUUUUUCCUACUGCCACUUAACUGUCUCGUUCUCUCCUCGCUUUAUCAUUCAAACGGCAAUCAUUGAAAUAUUUAAUAUCUCUCGCUAUGCAAAUGGGGGGGGGGGGGGUCUGAGUUAAUCAGAACACGGUGGGAUGGCACGCGCGACCUAUAUAUCUCAUGUUUCUCUCCCCCCCCCCUCUCUGAUCAGUCGUACAGCAUUGAAAAGGAGCCAUAUUGACAAGAUUUGUGAAUAGCGUUUACACAGAGUUUGCCCCGCUCCUUUCUUUCUUUUUUUGAUUUCCUUUUCCAUUCAAACGUUGGAUCGCGAUCAUCAAUCUAGAAAUGAAUAGCCUAGCCAGCAGCAUCGAGCAGCUAGAGGAGAAAUGAGGAUCGAUUUGCAACCUAGCGCUCUCUAUAUAACCACGGCUAGACGGCCAGGCCAUCCUCCCCCCUUUUUUUCCCGAUGGCUUUUGAUGUGUGCCGGAAGAUUUCUUCAUAGGAAGAACAUACCCGGAAUUUCAGAAAAGUAAAAAAAAGGGAAACGGCAGUCACUAUUGAUCCUGUACAGGCAAAGGUAUACGGCCAGGAUUCUAAACUUGUUUCUCUCUCUCUUGUUCUCUCUCUCUCGGUUCGAUAAAGAAACAACAGUCAUUUCAAAGGAGCAGUCUAGCGACCACGAAUCUAACUGGAAAAUCAGUCGAAAUGACAUGCAAAUUUAUCUUUCGUUCCGAAACUACGCGCAGCAUUUCAUUUUGAUUUAUCGAGGUAAUUCCCCUUCUUUUGAUUUGACAUUUGGAAAAUUCCUCUAUGAAUGAUUUUUUUUUUGUUCUUGUACUCCUUCACCUCCCCCCUUGUUGUUUCUCGAUUUCUUCCUAUUUGUUUCCCCCCCCCCCCAAUCGUGCUGGAGUAUUACGGACGUCACGGCCAAUCGAUGGCAAUGUUCUCGGCGUUGUGGAUGCUCGACCCCGGCGAUGACGAGUCACUCAAGUGAAAGAUAAGCAGGAAAAAAGGGGAAAAAAAGGAGAGCGAUCACUCACGAUCGAGCGUGGCUCCUUUUGCUUGGCGAUUGAACACCGGCACGCUGGGAAAAAAAAGGAAAGAAAAAGAAACGAGAGAGUCACUUGAUUAUAUCACGCGCUUUUGUGUGUCGCAGGUUUUCUGCUCACCCCCACACACACCUCAUCAACUGCUGUUGUCUCCCGUAGUUUGCUAGUGUCCCGCUCAAUUAAUGAACCUGUCGUCAAGAGGCCGACCCAAAAAGAAAAACGGGAAGGCCUACACAAUCCAUAGAGAGGGGGGUAAAAGCGGGAGGAAGCGGAGACAAAGUACUCGGCAGGAGCGCAAACUCGUUGCUGGAGAGUAAAAGAGAGAACUCUCCUUCCGUUGUAUGCGGGUCUCUCUUUCUCUUCUUCGUCGUCGUCUAGUGUCUGGGUAAUGGGAUUGGGUCGGGUCGCGCGCUCGUGAGCGCUUGCGAGUCUUCUUACGCGAUCAUGGCGCUCGUCCCGCGCCGUGUGUACAAGAAAUCGAUGGCCAGUGCGUGCGAGGACUAGGGCAUAUCUAUGCGUGUAGUACACAGCUCGGCGGGAUCGUAAUGGCUGGAAGAGGCGGCGAUGAUAUGGCAUCCUGAUUGUGUAUAGUCUUCUUUUUCUUUGGCUGUAUUGCGUCCGCUCAUCCUACUUUUAUACUAGAGCUACUGCCCCACCAUUGCUGGUAAAAGAAAAAAGAGAGAAAACUGGAAUGUUACCCAAUCACUCUGAAAAAUCGCGUCUUUCCAAACAGUCUCCCCCCCCCCCCCCCGCCAUCUCCGGUUCUCCGCGUUCUCCGAGUUGGGUCGGUGAGCGAGGGAGAUGAGCGACCGUCCAUCAAAAUAAUUAGACCAUCAAAGCUGUCUCUCUUUCUAGACUUUUUCUGACGAUCAUAAAUCUUUGACCAAUUUCAGCUAGCUCCUCCCGCCCCCACCCCCUUUUUCCUAUAUAUAAGAUAACAAAUCACCACUUAAAAGGAAAUUCCACAAUUUCUACUAUACCAUCACGUUCUUUUUCUUACGACAAUUUGUCCUUGUUUGAUAUAACCCACCCACCCCAAAAAAUCCCCCCCAUUUUGUGCCGGGCGAAGCUUUAGUCAAGUUUUGUAACCGCCAGGUUUUGAAGAUGAAACUCGGCUUGGAAGAAGAGACGAAAUCGAACGUUGCUGAUCUCAAAUUGCUGCUGCUGCUGUUGCGUGUUCCCGUCCGCCUUUCGUGAUUCCUGCGUAUAAUCAUUAGUAUUGCGUGCACUAAUAAGCCCAAUUCAACUAACUAUAACUCGCAGGUAUAUUUAUAUAGAUAGAUACAGGCUAAACUAUAUACACACGCCGGUAGCGUACGCAAUCAUUCCGGGGGUGCGCCAGAUGUCAAUAUCCAUUAUGCGCGCUAAGGCAAGUAGCGCACAGCAACGUGAUCGCGAGUGUUUAUAGUUAGCGACAGUGAUGCCACAAACUGUUACCUUCCACUUUUCAAGAUCGAUUCCGACGCUCCGACGCUCCGACGCCCCGGUUGUGUUAUGGGAGGAGCGCCCAAGCUAAUUUUCCUUCCAGAUAUUGUUUCACGAAAAAAAUGUAUUUAUUUAUUUUUAUUUAUUUUUUGGGGGGUUUCCCCUAUGGCUCCUUGAUGGGGAGGGGGGGGGGAAUCAAUACGUGUUGUAUUCAAUCUAUAGUUUCCCGACUUUUUAAAAAACUUGGGGUACAGCGUGGUGGGUGUGUGGGUGCGACUGAAGGGAUUUCAAGUCUAAGAAGAUUGUCACCUUUUUUGAUAUUCUCAUUUAGAUUGAAGUCUGAAAAUGCCCCGUGUCAUUUUCUCCGGAGCCUCAAGGGCUGAAAAGACACUGUGUGUGCGUAAAUAUAUCGUUCGUGAUUCUUUCAUGACUCGGUCGCUAUAUUGUACUAUACCUUAUCUAAUACCUUUUAUCCAUACCAUCUAACUACGCAGUAUAGUGUGUGUGUGUUGUUGUCUGCGCCCUGCUGUAUAGUAUAUGUAGAUCUGAAUCUCUUUUUCCUCUGUAAACCUUUUUUUAUCGUGAUAUUAUCCUCCCCUUUUUCGCCUUUUUUUUUUUUUUUAAAUUGUCGUCGUGAAAAUUCUCUGACAUAAAAAAAAAAAGGUUUCGUUUUCGUAGAAAAGUAAACCUGGAAAUAUAGUGUCUCAAUGUU